UGUUUCCUCUGAUCAGCGGUCUAUUGGCACUGAGUGCGAGCCAGUGGUUUGCAAGGGGAAAGCUGUCUUUUUUUCCUAUCCUGCCUUCCUUCUCUGCUCUCUUUAAAUCUGUUCUGCUAUUUGCACAGAGGCUGCAAAACACAGCCUCUGCUCCGUCUCUCUCUCUCUCUCUCUGACUGGAUCCUACUGCAAAGGAGAAAGAAGAGAAUCCCUUACUUCCAAGUCACACGGGCUGGAGAACUAAGCCACAGGAAAACAAGACAGACUAACAAACGAGAGAGAACAGCCAGAUGGACGAGCGUGCGCACAGAAAAGUGGACAUGGAGGUGUGGAGGACUAGAGGAUCAUUCCAGCACAGAAGCACAAGGUCUGGUGAUGGGGUCCAUGCUAGCAUAGUCAUCACCCUUUUGAUUGGGGUAUGGUGUGCACAGGCACUGGAAGUAUCAGUGGGGAAGGUUAGCUCAGUUGAGGUGAUGAAUGGUAGCUCGGUCCUUUUACCUUGUACCUACAGUAGCUGUAUUGGCAUCAAGAACCUGUACUUCAACUGGAACUAUAAUGACAAUGGGACAUUGAAUAAGCUAUGUGAAGGAGUCGUUCCAGCUGAGGGUUUGGACGUAAACCAUGUGAUGACAUACCAUGACCGCAUAACGUUUGUGGGCUCCAGUAAGGACAGUAACAUCUCUGUCGUGCUGUCGAACGUCACCUUCGAGGAUGAGGGCGAGUACAUUUGCUUUGCCCGCAACCCCAAAGAGAAGAACCGAAACCACAGUGCCAUAUUCAACCUCAUCGUUGUUGACCAGCUUAAGGAAGUGGACAACACAUUGACAAAAAUCAUUGUGUCUGUGAUUGGAGGGCUUAUCGGCUUGAUCAUCAUAGUCAUGGUAAUAAAGGCAGUCGUCGUCCAUUUUCUCAACAAGGCCCAAGAGAAAAAUAAAGAGUGCCUCGUGAGUUCAGGAAAUGACAACACAGAAAACGGCCUUUCAGGAUCCAAAGCAGACAACAAAGCAUCACCAAAGGCAUAGAAAUCAAGUGUAUGUGCAGAAAUAGGCCAAUGUAUGGAUAUUGUGGAUACAUAAUUAAUGUUAUAAAUAUGGACUGUUUUAUCUUUAUGGAACAAAAUGUUAAUAUGAUAUAUGAUAUAUUCUAUAGAAAACUGCUCAAUAUAUUUUAGAAAUAUUUAGUUAGAUUUUUGGGCUGGACACUUUUUGACAAUGCUUGGUUUGCAAGGGGCUUAAAUAUACUGUAAAGCAAAACUGUAAAUCUGAAAUAUUUCAGUACAGUCUAAAAAAAAAAAGCCUCAGAAGUCAUAAAAUUGCCAUAAAUAUGCUCAGUAUUGAAACACUAGCCAGUGGAGCAGUCUUUGUGACUGAAACUCUUGACACUAAUAGACUCUCUUUCCAUGUUGCUUAGAUACUUAAAUUGGUCUUUUUCAUAAAAUGUAUUUUUUUACAUGUAAAGAUAAUCAUUUACUAAUUAUACCGGUGUUUAUGCAGUUAUUUAUUUUGAAAAAUUAAAAUUUCAAAUUAUUCCCCCUGCAGACAUUUUAAUAUUGUAAUGUAAACAGCAUGUGCACUAUGUUUUGGAUAAAAUGUUAACCAUAAGUGCGAGCAUUAAAAAAGAAAUAGAUCCCAGAUAUUAAGCACCUUAACUAAGAAGUAUCCAGCCCAAAAUCAGAAACAUUUUAUUUGCAAUCACAUGUCCUGGAGGUCCAGUACUCUUUUAGUUAGUUGCCUUCUCUAUUCCAGCACAUGCAAGUUUUCGAAUUAAGAAGUAAACUCAAUUUGUUAGAAAAGAGAAACUAUUUUACGUACCGUGGCCUUCCAGGGCAGUUUAAGUGUAAUAUCCAUAUUUAGCAAAAACACAUGUGCCUGCUAAUGAUUUCAACUUUUCUUGCUUUUUAGGUAGUCUUUAACUGCUAUGAAAACUUAACUGCUAUGAAAGGGGGGAAGAAGAAACUUCUUAUAAAAUAAGUUCCUUAGUACAUUAAGACAAUCCCACCCCUUUAAGGAAAAAAAAGUUUCUUCCCUUCCAAAAAUGAAUGAUUCUUUGUUAUGCUGCUUUUAUCAAGUUAACCAAUGCAAAAAAAAGCAUGUAAAUGAUUCAUAUAUGUGCACUUACCGGCUUACCGCUCCACUCGGAUAAUACGCAGUUAGAAGCAAGACCAGGGCCUUUUACAAUACGAGUGACAUAAAUGUGGGAUUAGGAUGAAGUAGAAAAAAAUAAUAAUAAGAGAGAGAGAGAGAGAGAGAUACGACAAAGUGAAAAAUAUAUAUACAGUAAUAAAAUGAAAAAUGAAAAUCCUUUAAACUGAAAUUAUAUUUAUUACAAAUAUAGUAGGAUUUAUUAUAUUCACUAUGAGCAAAAUGACCAGAAUAGAAAUAUCAAUGAAUGAGACUAGUGUAAAUAAAAGGUGCAUUAGGUUACUGUACAUAUUACUGUAAGUUAUAUAAAUACAUAUUACUUUGCAAGACAUGCUGAAUGUCAGAAACAACUAUUCAGAGACUGAAAUUAUAAUAUAAUAAGAGACCUUUUUUUCAGUACUUUCAUUGUAUCAUACAAAUACAUACUGUACACUCCUCUCUCUCCUUUGCUCUCUAAUACUCUCAUGGUUUACAAAUAUGUAAAGAGACAGAUAUCUAUAUACGUCUUCCAUUAGAGUCGACUCUUAGACUUCAGGGGGCUCUGGUGAUCUCAGUUGUGUGUGUGUGUGUGUGUGUGUGCGUGCGUGCGCGCAUGGGCGUGUGUAGAUUUUGAGAAUUGAUUAUGUUUGGCUUUCUGUCUGGCCAAACUAAAUAAGUACAAAUGGUACUUAAAGUAUUAUUGUGUGGCAGCAAUAACUGCAGAAUUUAAAAAUGGCUUUUUGUGCUGUUUGCUUUUAACCUCUGAGAGUGAGUUAUAUUUCUGUCAAUGCACUGAUGUACAAAGCAUUGUACCGACAUCAUUAACGUUAAGUGUCCAUGAUUCUGACGUUUCAGGAUGCUUUGAUUUCAAAAGGCAAUACUCGUCAGUUACUCGUCUGUUCCAUGAAGACCGAAAUUCCUUUCCUUUGUUGUACAUGUUUCAUUUGGUUUUACCCCACAUUCACACGAGCAGAAAGAGAGAAAAAGGCCAUAAAUUUGUCACUAUGGAAGUCCACAAGAGUCUAGUUUGGCGCAAAAUAUGGCUUGUUUUUAAGCAAAUUCAAACAGGGCAUGAUGGCUGUAGUCUGAUAAAUAAUUUUAAAGGAAUGCACUUACCUUUUUCUUUAAAAUUCUCAAUUUAUCAAAUCAACUUCAAUUGAAAAAGCAGAAAUAAAAAGAAUUAACACAUGCUUGUUGCAUGCAUACUGUAAGUGCAUUGCAAAAAGAGACAAAUUAAUGAGGAAAAACUUGUAGCACACACAGUGAAGAGGGAACGUAGGCUAUGUCAGAACAUAGUUUACUUUUUUUUAUUAUAAAUAAUAUUCGCUUUGAAAUAAUUCAAAAUCAAGUGAAUUAAAUAUUGCUAUUAAAUACGAAUGAUUUGUAUGAACAAAUAUGAAUAGCAAAACUAUUUACUUUAGCUUGCUGUACUUAAAAGUACUAUAACUGGCAGUGCAAACUUAUCGGCUUUUCCUAUAGAAAUUCUUGCAGUCAUUGUUUUAUUGCUCUAGCAUGCCCAAGCAAUAUAGACGUACAGUAAUAUAAAACCAUAAAAAUACCUGAAUGUACUUUAGCUUGCAGUGCAAAUCCAUCAUCAUCUUGUAGCCAUUCUGUUAUUACUUUAGCAUGCAUAAUAUAACACCAUGUUAAAUAAAACAAAAAAAACUAUAAAAGCUUGUAAGGAUGGCUUAGCAGUCAUAUGCUUGCCAUAAUGCCAUAUUACAUGAUAGAAUUUUACAAUAUGAGUAGAGCAAUUAUGAGAUGUUAAAAGAAACGAGUGCCUGCAUGUCUCAAGAGCAUUCUGGUGCAUUUAAAUGACAGUUAUAGUCGUAGUAAGAACACGCUGAUAUUUUUAAAUAGUUUAUUUAUUAUAUUAAUUAUAAUCCUUAAACUGAUGUUAUCAGAGGAUGCUCCAAUCCUGUUGUUGCACCCCCCC